GAAGGCCCGCCAUGGAGAAGUACCACGUCCUGGAGAUGAUCGGCGAAGGCUCCUUCGGGCGCGUGUACAAGGGGCGCCGGAAACGCAGCGCCCAGGUGGUGGCCUUGAAGUUCAUCCCCAAGGUGGGGCGGUCUGAGAAGGAGCUGAAGAACCUGCAGCGGGAAAUUGAGAUCAUGAGAGGCCUCCAUCACCCCAACAUCAUCCAGAUGCUCGACAGCUUUGAGACCGACAAGGAGGUGGUGGUGGUGACUGACUACGCAGAGGGGGAGCUCUUCCAGAUCCUGGAGGACGAUGGGAGUUUGCCCGAGGACCAGGUCCAGACCAUAGCUGCCCAAUUGGUCUCUGCGCUCUAUUACCUGCACUCCCACCGCAUCCUGCACCGCGACAUGAAACCCCAGAACAUCCUGCUGGGCAAAGACGGCGUCAUCAAGCUCUGUGACUUCGGGUUUGCCCGUGCCAUGAGCAUCCACACCAUGGUGCUGACCUCCAUCAAGGGCACCCCACUGUACAUGUCCCCUGAGCUGGUGGAGGAGCGGCCGUACGACCACACGGCGGACCUGUGGUCUGUGGGCUGCAUCCUGUAUGAGCUGUUUGUGGGCACUCCUCCCUUCUACACCAGCAGCAUCUUCCAGCUUGUCAGCCUCAUUGUCAAGGACCCCAUCAAAUGGCCCGAGACCAUAAGCCCGGUCUUCAAGAGCUUCCUGCAGGGACUACUAAUGAAGGACCCCCGCCAGCGUCUGUCAUGGCCAGAGCUGCUCUCUCAUCCCUUCAUUGCUGGACGGGUUACUGUGAUUGAUGACACAGAAGAGCACGGGAUCUCAAACCCCUUCACCACGAAACUAUCCCCGGAACUGCAGGCCCUGAAGGAGCAGCAAGCCCAUUCCCUGGCCCCCAGGAGCGGCCAGUCCAGAAUUCUGAGAAAGGCCCGUCAGAAGAUGGCUGAGGAGGCACAGAAAAAGGGGCAACUGAAGGCAGGUGACGCAUCUACGAAGGACUCUGGCAAAGGAUGCCUGGGACAUAGACCCAGAGCAGCUCCUGGGAAGGCAGCCCUCGUGUUGGGGGAGCCACCGGCUGCCUCCAAAGAGAAGAACCCCAGCAUCCUGCAAGGAAAGAGCAGCAUGGCAGAAUGGGAGUUGGAAGAGCCUCCACCCAACCCACGGGAGCACAGCAUCACUCGAGACUACGAGCAGGAGUUUCCUGGAGCAGGGACCCCUCUGCAGCCUGGUGCUGGCAGAGCAGAGCCCCAGGGCAGGCGCAGCAUCGAGACCGUGGACCUGGAGAGUGAGGAGCUGGAGAGUGAUGAGGAGUGGCAGCACCUGAUCGAGGCCACAGAGCCCUUGGCCAUGCAGCUGAGCACACCACUGAGCCUCCUGAGGGACCUGGCCUUCCAGCACCGUGUCCAAGCCCGCCUGGCAGACUCCGCUCAGCAGGUGCUGGAAGGGAUGCUGGAGGGAGCCUCCCGUCUCCGUCCUGUGCUCCGCGUCAUAGGCAACCUCCUGGCUACCCAGUGUGACUCUGAGCUGCUGGACCACUUCUGCCGAGAGCUGAAUGUGCCUCUGUCCCUGCUGUGUCUAGCCAAGCAAGUCCUGGAGAGUGGUAGUGCCAAGCAGCAGCCCUGGUGUAUCAUGGUGCUGACAGACCUCCUCAUGGUGACCACGGUUUAUUUCAGCAGUGAAUGCAGCCUGGAGGAGAGUGAGCAAAAGGACAGCCUGCAGGCGUUCCAUGAGUGUGCUGGCUGCUUCCUAGCCCUGCUGCCAGAGCUGCUGACCGAGCCAGCCAACAGCGAGAUGAGACUCUGCCAGCAAAGUCUCCUGUGCUUCACCCUGCUCUGUGAGAGCCUGGAUGCGACGUGCCCUACCGUCUCUGCCCCCUUCUAUGCCAGCCUGCGAGAGGAGCAUCAGCCCUUGCUAAACAGACUCCUCCAGGGAUCCGUCUCAGAGCAGCCUGCUCUGCGAGCUGCAGCGAUGGAGGCCAAGUCAGCCCAUGACCAGAGCCUACGUGUGGCAGACCUCUUCACGGCUGCACUGGCUGCUGCCUGCAGCAUUCCCCUGGAGAGGAGCAGCUGUCGGGAAGGCAAGCAGCAGGUCGCUCAGGAGGUAGCUGAAAAGCUUAUGGAGGGAGAGAGCCAGCAGCUUGGGAGGCUGCUGGGGAGACUGGAGCACCCAAGCUGCUCCUUGAACGUCCUCAAGAUUCUCUACGCUGGCUGCCAUGCCAGCCUGAGCCUGUGCAAGCACCUGGGAAGGAGCCAGCAGCUGUGGGGUUCCCUCAUGCAGCUCUCGAAAGGCAAGGUCCCCAUGGCAGAGGUGGCCCAGGGGGCAGUGUGCGAGGCCUCCCUGUAUCUGCUGGCCCUGCUCACCCUGCAGCUCGAGGCCUCCCCUCCCAGGCUUGAGGAGGUGGUUACCCUGGCCACAGAUCUCAUCAUCCAGUCUCCUGUUGUCUCCCUUGUGGGUGCUGCAGCAUUCCUCCUGACACAGCUCAGUCAGCACGGGGUGGCCUUCGAGCUUCGGGGAGAAGAGAUCCUACCAGUGGUGACAAAUGUCCUGACAGCACCUGCUGAGGCACAUGGACCAGAACCCUGGGGGGCCGUGGGGGAGCAGGAUGCCCCCCAACACCUAUCUCCCCAUCUUUAGGAGGACAUGGCUGUGGAGCAGGACUUUGCUGCCUCAGAGCUGUGGAGUGUGGUGUGGCAUUGUGUUGCGGCAGUGAUUCAUGUGGGCAGUGACAGGGCAGCGCUGGAGGGAGAUUCCCCAGGGGCAGGUCACCCCGUGGCAGAGCCGGACUGGAACCUCCUCUCCCCUCAAGGCACCCUGCUCUUCCUCAGCCUGGCCCUCUUCAUCUUCACUCGCGAGUCCCACCGCUGCCUGCCUCAGCUCACCCAGUCCCACGGCAUCCUCGUGGUGAUGCUGAAGAGGCUGCUGUCCCCUGGCUUCCUGGCAUGCCUGGCACAGACGCAAGCAGGAGAGGAUGGGGACCCUGAGCUUGUCCCAGCUGUGGUGAUCCAGGCCUGCCAACUCCUCUGUUUCCCUUUUGCCCUGGAUGUGGAUGGAGACACCUUAGCAUUGGUCACGGAGGCUGUGAGAGAUGCCCAGAUCCCUGCCCAGCUGCUGCAGGUCUGCUCUCGCCAUCUGCCCUUCUCAUACACCAAGCUCCCCAUGAGUCUCUUGUGCCACCUCGUUGUGUCUGACGAGCAGGUCAUUGACCAAAUGGUGAGGGCAGCCGCUGCCUCAGAGCACAUCAUUCCCUUCUUGACGUCUGCCUUGUUUACAGACAGCCUCACGCUCACAACUGACCUCCUGUCCCUCUUGACCCACGUGGCCCGUGCCUGUCCGGAGCACCUGCCCUUUCUCCAGAGGAUCCUGAGGGGCUCAGAUGCGGCCGAUCAGCCACUGACCCGCCUGCUUGGCCACCGGCAACACCCCAUACGGGCCAAAACCUGCAACCUGCUGGGAAACUUGCUCCGACAUGGCCAUGGCUUUCCCCAAGCGCUGCAGAGCCAGCCUGGCGUGCUGGAGAGCCUGCUGGGGUGCCUGGCAGACCAGGAGGCGAGCGUGCGCAGGGGAAACAGUGGUGGUUACUAG